AUGCCCUCUCGCACCUCGCUUGACUCACGUUUCUCCCAUCUCCCAUCCCCCUACGCAAAGGGCCUCGAAAAGCAACCCACAUCGAUGGAAGAAGAACAAUUCGAGGAUGUUGGACUCGACGACGACAACGAAGCCAAACCGAAAAAGAAGGGCUUAUUCUCGCGACUUGGCGACUUUACAAAUGACAACCAGACAUCAAGCAACUCCAAACUAGGCUUUCACAUCCCGGGCAAAAAACGAGGACAGAGCAACGUAGGAUCGGAGCUGGGAUCCAUGAAGUUGCCACCAACUGUAGAGUCGGAAUUACGUGAUGCGUGA